GUACACACCCACACACACAGCUCAGCCUGGCAGCAAGGGCGGGCUGUUCAUUCAUUACACACACACACACUCACACACACACCAACGCAGUUCCGUUAGCAGUUGAGUGACGGGCACAUGCCUGCCCUGCCAUCAGCAUCCUCAGCAUCAGCAUCAUCUGCAUCCCUCCUCCAGAGCAUCCCUCCUCUCAUCUAGGGGGUCUGUUUGUCUCUGUCUGCCUGCCUGCCUGUCUGUCUGUCUGUGUGCAUCGUCAUGCAGUGGCACGUUGCAGAUCGAGGUCAGUAAGUCAGUAAGAGACUCUGAGCAGCUCGGGGAUGCAGAUUAAUGUGGGCAGCGCGCGCUGAGCUGCAGCAGCAUCUUCUGAUUGAUCAGUCAGUGUCUGGUCUGGACGCGUUUCUCCUGACGGUGCUGUAGAGCCGCAGCCAUGCCUCUCUUUAUUCUGGGCUCGUCUCUUCUGCUCCUGAUAUCUGCUGAUGUUCUGAGUGCCGGUCCUGCUGAGCCUCGGCCUCUGCUGGACGUUCCUCUCGGCCUCGAGGAGCACGAGGGAACCCAGCCGGGUCUGAUGGAAAAUUCCCAGGAGAGUUCCGGCUUCUUCCCAGAGGACAGCGAGGAGAACAAGGCGCCUCGGGUGGCUCGGCAGUGGAGUGUCCAGGGAGAGGUCAACACCAGUCUGGAUGCAGACUCCUUGAUAGGCUACAAUCCGUCUCAGCCUCGUCUCUCGUCCCUCUCUCUCCGCAAAGAACCCCAACAGACCAACUCCUCGUCCUUCUUCUCCCCCGCGGGUGAAGCUCCAGAUCCAGAACGGUGGGAGAGCGAGUCCAGCGGCUUCCCCCUGAACCCCUCCUCCUCCAGCCUGUCCACCACAGCUGCCAGCCCACUCUUCCACACCGCCGGCUCUGAACUCAGCCUGAGAGACCCCCUGCCCGAGGCCACAGCUGCCCACGACACGUCCCCGCUCCCCGAGGACGAGGACCGGCAGAACCUCCUCACCCAGGCCCCCACUGCUCCAGAAGUAGGACCGUUCCCCAGCCAGACGCCCCUGCAGCCGGACGACACCCGCCGGGACGACUCAGAGAUGAGGGAGGAAGAUGAAGAGGUUGUUGAUGAUGAUGAUGGUGGAGAGAUGGUAGCUUUUCCUACUGAGGUAGACGGUGAGGAGGAAGAUGAUUGGACGCAUCUCACCGCCGGGCCGUCUUCCACUCCGCCGUCCGACAUGCCCGCUGUGGGCUUCACCCACAUGUCCUGGCAGGAUGUGGAGGUCACCAGAGCUGGAGAGGAUGAGGAAGCUGAGCUUCGUCACGGCGGCACCGAGUACCUCUCAGAGGCGGAGCUACACGAUUCCCAGGAAGCCGUGCAGGUGAUCUGUGUGGACUGGAGCAGUCUGGCUGGAAAAGGCUACGUCAUCCUCAACAUGUCGGAAAACUACGACUGCGAUGAAUUCCGUUUGGACAAUGGGGACCGGCUGCUGGAGCUGGUGGAGAGUUUAUUCUCUCGGAAGAUGAACAGUCCUCUGGGCUCGUGGAUCAUCACACUCAGCAAACCCAGCAGACAGGAGCACCAGCUACUCAUGACACUAGCCAACGAGCAGGGUGUGAUCGCCACUAAAGAUGUUUUAUCAAUGCUGGGAGAAAUGAGGGGAAGCUUAACUGAGCUGGGUGUUCAGAACUUCUCCAGCGUGAGCACCUGCCACUCCAGGCCCAGUCAGACGCGCAGCGACUACGGGAAGCUGUUCGUGGUUCUGGUGAUCAUCGGCUCGGUGUGCGUGAUCAUCAUCGCCUCCGGACUCAUCUACAUCUGCUGGCAGCGCCGCCUGCCCAAGCUGAAGAACAUGUCGCGAGGAGAGGAGCUGCAUUUCGUGGAGAACGGCUGCCAUGACAACCCCACACUGGAUGUGACGAGCGACGGGCAGGCGGAGAUGCAGGAGAAGAAGCACAGUGCCAACGGAGUGCCCGUGGGAGGAGGAGGAGGGGGAGGAGGUGGCGGCGGCGGCAGCCACAGUGGCAGCGGGAGCGGCAGUGGCAGCGGCUGGCAGGUUCUGGUCAACAAGCCGGGCAAAGAGGAGGAAGACAAUCAGGAGGAGGACACCCACCUUUAGCCAGGCUGGGGAAACCUCGCUCUAAUAAAAGAAUGAAACGGUUUCUGUUCUGGACGUCUGUGGCACAAAAAAUACAAAUACAAAUACAAAUACAGCUCCACGGCUUUUUUCAGUUUUUUAUUUCCUAUAAUAAAAACAUCCGCUGAAUAUUUGAAGUGAUGUGAUUGGCUCGUUUGACUCGUAGGGUCAUUCAUUUACGCGCGACUGCGGCGGCCCGGUUAAAGCAGCUGCGGAGAGCUUUGAGAAAUUGGAUCGAUCCGGAACGGCUCGAUUCUUUAAGAGCGCGAGAACGACGAGCAUCAGCCAAUCACGUCUCUAUCGAUCUUUUUUUAAAGAAGCUGUUUGAUGGGUGUUGAGCUGAGAGCAUCAAAUCCAUAGCUGGGAAUGGAAUCGUUUGUUUGUGGCUGUUGGUUUAUUUCAGGAAUAGUUUGGGUAAAUUUUGCAAUUAUUGUGAUUAAUCACUGACCCCGGAUAUGAAUUAUCAAUUUUAUCAAUACCGAUCAAUUAGCAAAUAAAAAAAAAACAUCCCACAGGAAAACAGAAAAAGACAAAAAGGAGAUCUCUCU